AUGAAAAAAUAUAAAAAACUACUUAAAUCCUUUCGAUCCCUUGAUCUCUUCACUAAACCAGUCUCCCUACUAAUCAAAGAUCAAGAGCGUCACAAAACCUACUGCGGUGCCUUUCUCACCUUGAUUAUAAUAUCUAUGAUGAGUGUCCUUUUAUUCAUGAAUUUCAUUAAUUUGGAUAAAAAUCCUCGUUCCUAUCAAUAUUAGAUCUACCACUAAGCUUUAAGCCGCACUCAAUUGAUGAAUUUUUCAAUUUCGAUCACUGGGUCGGAAGAACAAAACUUAAAUGUCAGCACAUUGGAUGGGCCACUUUAGCUGAGAGAGAAUCUCUAUCAGUAUAAUAAAUAAGUCAGUCUAUACGAGUCAGAUCUAAGUGGUUAGUAUGUUAUUGUGGAGAUCUAUCUCAAGAAUGCUACUUAACUACAUAAUUAAGAGGAAAGUCUUAAUUUCUAAUUGUCAAUACCAACAUUUUACUACGAUUUGAACGAUGUUCAGGAUCCCAUAAAAACUAGAAUUGAGAGAAUAGAAACUACUCUAACUAGAUACAUUUAAAAAAGAAUUGAUAUAUUCAUGAGUCCAUUCACAGUAAUUUCAGAUGGAGGAAUGGUAUUUAAGGAUGAGAUACGAGAAAGUGUGUUAGCAUAUCAGUACCAUCAAGAAACCUACGACGUUAGUGAUGGAUACAAACUACUUCAGUUCAGAAUACGCUUAAACAAAACCGAAUUUGUACAAUAUCGAUCUUAUCCGAAACUCUAAUAAAUCCUUGGAGAAGCUGGAGGGUUGUGGAAUGUGAUCUUCACUUUGGCUAUGUUCUUAUAAUUGCCAUUCAGCAAUCUCUCCUAUCGAUUGCAAAUUGUAAAUUCCCUAUUUAAUUUUUCGAACGAUGAAGAUGCAACGGCUGAAAAUGAUAGAAUUUAAAUUGCUAAUGACAACAUUAGGGAAAAAGCAAUUAGUCCCGAAUAAAUAGAUAAGAAAAUCCCACUAUGCUAGAGCGAAGUCAACUUCCCUAUAGUACCUACAUUCAAGAAAUAAAAAUCUUUCAGUUAACUCAAUUAAUUGAACAUCAAGAAAAGAUUGUAUAGUAUACAAAGAAAAAGUUAAAUGAUCACAGAAGCCGAUAGUGAAAAUUAAAAGGCACACAUUACAAAUGAAAUCUCAGCAUCCAUUAAAAGGUUUUUCAGAGUUGUAACCAAGAAACUGAAUUUGAAUGUCUUAGAAUAUGUAACCUUUUAAUUUCCAAGAGGGAAGGACAAUAGUAACAUAAAGUAUUAGUAAUUCGAAUUUGCCAUUAAUCGAAUCUAAAAAUCACUUGACAUUCUCUAUAUUAUCAAUAAAUUACAUGAAAUUGACAAAUUGAAAUUCAUACUACUCAAUAAUGCCUAAAUCAAGAUGUUUGAUUACUUGCCAAAACCAUUUAUAGGAGCAGAUCCCCAAGAUGUCUCGGAUAACAACUUCUGUUCACUUUUGAAACCUGCCAAGACUCCAUAUCAGAAGGCAUUGGAGGCUCAACAAGCAUUUAAAGAGAUUAUAACAAAUUAUUAGGAUCCAAUUAAUCAGAAAUUGAUAAAUAGCAUGGAUGAACCUAUCAUAGACUUAAUGAAACUACAAUUGAAUCAGGAUAUUCAGAUAUUAGACACGUCAGUGAUUAAUUAGUUAGUGCAGAGUGCAGAAUAUAAGCUAGACACUGCAAGAUAAUGA